GCAAAGCUGCACCAAAAUGUUUGCCAAAAUCUCCAUAGUCUCCGUUGUGAUUCUCGCAGCGCUUGCAAGCUCAGCUCGCUUGCCACCAUCAUCUACUAAGCAUGCAUUGAUGGCUAGAUAUAUUGUGAACGAAGCCGAAUGGACAUCCAUUGCUACUAUCAGCGUGAAUAAAAAAAUCAAGGGCUACCCGUUUGCGAAUUUGAAAUCAGUCGCUGACGGAGCAAUCGGCAAGGGCAACGGUAUACCUUACCUAUUCUUAACACCCUUGGAUUUCUCAGUUCUGGAUCUUGCUGCAGACCCGCGUGCUACAUUCAUGAUGAGCCUGGCUCAAGGUGAUUAUUGCCAUGAUAUGGGCUUCGAUCCAAUGGACCCGCGUUGCGGUAGAGUGAUCCUCACUGGCAAAGUCAAGAAGAUCGAAGAGGACGAUGUCGAACACGAAGUUGCAGAAAACGCUGUUUUCACUCGUCACCCAUGGCUGAAGCAAAUGCCGCCAAACCACAAAUUCUUCUUCGCUAAAUUGGACAUUGAAAAUAUUGUCGUACUUGCCCAAUUUGGAGAUCCCCAGUACGUCAACGUUAAGGAAUAUUUCGAUGCCAACGGUGAUGCUAUCGAAGAAUACGCCAAGCUUUAUCGUUAAUGAUUCAGAUGGAAUUCAGUCUUCGAUAUUGAAUAAUGUACAUUUAUUUAUCGUAAAUAACAAUAUGAUAUUUAUUAAAUAAUGAAAUU